AAUCUUGGAAGUUGACUUAGAACAUUGAAUCCAUGGCAACUUGUUCUAUCAUCCACUCUUUUUUUGGCACGGUGGCUCCACCAUCAUCAACCUCUAAGUUCCAAAACAUGCCCAAUUAUUAAUGAGAAGAAGAAAAUUCAAAGUUCCCAAUUUCUGUAAAAAUAACUAUGAAAUAUCACUACUUCAAACUAGCUAGCACCCAUCAUUUCUCUAUCAGAAUCUUGGGGAUUAAUAUAUUGUUGUAAACAUGACCACCGGCAGCGCGAAACCGUUGAGUUUUGAAGAAGGAUGGCCUAUAUUGCAAGAGGAAGCUAUCAACAAGCUUAUCCACCUUGUUGAAGGCCAUAGUUCAAACCAUUUCACUUCUCAAGAAUAUAUGCGUAUAUAUACAACAGUCUACAACAUGUGUGACAAAAAUAAUCGAGCUGGUCCUGAAGCUCUCAAAUUAUACUCUCAGUAUAAGAAAACAAUGGAGGAUUAUGUCUCCUCCAAGGUACUUCCAUCAAUCCAGGGAAAGGAAGAUGAAAUGUUGUUACAUGAACUAGUUAAAAGGUGGAAUAAUCAUAAAACCAUGACUAGGUGGCUUUUAAGGUUCUUUUAUUACCUUGAGAGAUACUUGAUACCUAAAAUGAGGCUCCCUUCUCUUCAGGAAACUGCCUAUUUGGCUUUCUAUGAAUUGGUCUAUGGUGAAAUGAAUGAUCGAGUGAGAGAUACUGUGAUAUCUUUGAUUGACAGAGAACGCGAAGGAGAGCAAAUAGAUCAGGCCUUAGCGAAAAACGUUUUGGAUAUAUAUGUGGAAAUGGAUGAAGAUUCUAUGAAGUGUUACGCGAAAGACUUUGAAGAAUCAAUGUUGAAGGAUACUUCUAUAUUCUACUCAACGAAAGCUUCAGAUUGGAUUGCAAGCAAAUCUUAUGAGGAUUACAUGUUGAAGGUUGAGGAAUGCUUAAAGAAUGAGGAAGGGAGGAUUCAGAGUUAUUUAAGAUACAUAAGAAAAAUUAAGUUAUUAGAGGUUGUAGAAUAUGAGUUACUUACUGUACAUGCAAGCAAACUAGAAGAGAAGAAACAAAUCAAUGUCGCAGCUGCUUAGAAAUGAACACGUUUGAGAACGUUGUGCAAGUUUAUGUCCCUUCUUGUAUUACUAAUUGAGAUGUGCCUUUAUGUGAGAUCAAAGUUUUAAUUGUUGAUUUUUAUCUAAUAAAGCUGUUGUACUUAUUUUCUUUA